GGCUAAAUUACAUGUGUGGAUCAAUUAUUCAGUUUUACAGUACUUUGUUACUUUCAAAGAACAACCAAAAUGAAUUGAAGAGACAUCGUUGACCGACGAUGUUUGGACUCAUUUGAACGAAAUUUUAACAACGGUAAUUCUGCAGCCCUGCUUUUUACUCUGACAGUAUUGCAUAUUACAGUAUAAAUUUCAGGUUUUCUUGCCUGUGUACGCGUGCGUACCUUUGCGUACCUAUUUUUUCACAUUUGGAACACUUGUGUUUCCACUUUCCAGCAUUGUUUCCAGAUGUUUCUGGGAAUUGAUCAAAAAUCAAAAAUAAAAUAUUCGACCUUUGCAUUUCUUUUUAUUUUGUCGGAAAUUAUAUUAAAGAGAAUAGAAAUUUACGUAAUAUAUCAUUAUCCAGUAAUAUUUGAUCCGAUGCAGAACUAAGUACUCGAGCGGAAUUUGAUGUGACAUGUCAUUUUGUCUUUGUUUACAAUCAUUUUGUUAGAUAUUAAAUUAUUCUGUUGGUAUAUUUCGAUACGGUGUAGUGAUCAGCGAAGACACGGCUAGAUAUAUGGACGUUUUCUGUUGAAUCUUCAAAAUAACUGGUAUGUUUUGACGUUAUUAUGUGCAGUAAAUCUUGCUGUCACUCUUGUACAGUGGCAAUAUAUUUGCAAUGUUGGUUCUCGAUCAUUUCUGCGAGGUUGUAUCACAGGGUUGUAUUUGAUAUUUUAUACCUUUGAUCAUCACUCGUGCACUGAUUUCAAUGCUACUUUAACUUAAGAUUUAAUUAGGGCUUAAGUUUAUGUCUAAAAUAUAUAACUUAAAGUGGAUAUUGAAUUCAAACUUGAUUUCAUAUUGAAAUAGUAUGCAACUUGCUAACUUGUAAAGUAUACUGUUAGGAUAUAAUAUGUGGUCAUGGGACUGUUACAGAGUCACAUGAUUACUUAUUUACAGGGCUGUAUUUGAAAUUUAUAAUAUUUUCUUUGUAUGAAAUGUACAACACAUCUAUAACUCUGACUGGCAUAUUACAUAUAAUAGUUCUUCAAUAAAACUACUUUUGCUUAAAUUUCAUGCAAAAUUUUCUUAUUAAAAAGGCUUUGUGCAUGGUUACGUUAACUACAAAGUAAUUUGUUUCAGGCUAUAGCAAACCAAGUUCAGUAUGUCUGAAGAAUUCAGUGGAGGGUACGGGAGUAUCCGAGGUCAGUCUGGGGGUAACCAAGACGACAGAGGAGCAUCUGGGGGAUACCAGUCCGAAGGUAACUGUUUACCUCUCCUUGCAAAAACUUGCCCGACGUUGAUGGAAAUUAAUUGCCUGAUGUUAUCAUGGGUUCAUUGCUAGAUGAUUUCAAUAUAUAUUUUCAUGCUUAUAAUUUAGAUUAUGUGAUAUUUCAGUCACUGAGUGAUACGAUAAGUAGCAACAUCUUUCAAAUAAAUAGCAAUGGUGAGUGAUAAUUUAUUCCUCUGCAAGUUUAUGCAUGUACAAUGUAUACAUGUACAAUGUACAAUGUACAAUGUACAUGUAUAAUAGUUAAUACUUGACAACUAACAACUGGCCUCUGUAGCUCAGUUGGUUAGAGUGCUGCACCAGAUGCGCAGUUUUGAUAUAUUGCCAGAUGGCCUAUAGUUGCAUUUUUUGCAGCUACCCCAGAGGUUCCAGGUCUAAAAAUCUGUAUAAUUUCACUUGAAAUUUUCAUGUAAAAACCUGUCAGCAUUUCGUUGUAAUCCAGUGAGGUGCCCAAAAUUCUGAUUGUUUUUCCUAAUUUUUUUUAUGUUAUAUAGUACAAGCAUUGGAAAGAAUCUGUAAACAGCUUGGAAAUCAACUUACCGAAGUACCUUAUGAUAAACUGUAUGAUUGUCUAUUUUUUAACCCCUGCUUAUGUUUCAAAUGAUUUUCAGUGAUUUGACCAAGCUUUCUUUCCAGACACCGCAUACAGCAAGGCACAAAUAAAUUGGCCUCUGAUACAACUGUCUGUCUUAAACGAAUGAUAAACUUACAAGGAAGCAGCGUUUCAGAAAAGGUAUAGUAAGUCACAUCUUGGUUUUUUGCUUUUAAAACAAAUGGUUUUAUACCAAGCAUGUAGUCGUAGAUUUUGCUGUAAAGCAUUAUCGUGCAGCAGAUGAUGGUCGACUUACAGUUAUCAGAGUGAGAAAAUAAUAUUAAUUUUUUCCAUUAAAUAUGGUAAAAUAUAAAUAAUUUGUAUGAAUUUAGCAAGUAAUUCUUGAAGACUAAACUGCUAAGUUUAAAUACUGCAGAGGAAACAAAGGCUUCAACAAGAAAGAUUAAAAGAUGAAUUUGAAAAUUCAAUUUCAAAAUACAGAAAUAUUCAAAAGGUUGGUUUGUUGUUGCAAAGUAUUGUCAGUGGUAGCUUCUACUAAUAUCUGAGUGUUUUCUUGUUUUAUGUUUUCAUUCUUUUUGUGAGUCAUUUCUGUUGCCGUAGUUGUUAUUGUUGUUAUAGUUGUCCCGUUGUUGCUACUAUUGGUGGUGGAGUUGUUGCUGUUGCUGUUGUUGCUGUACUGUUACUAUUGCUGUUGUGGUGGUGGUUUUGUUGGUGUUGUUGGUGUUUUGAUAUUGUUGUUGUUGCUGCUGCUGUUGCUGCUGUUGUUGUUGUUGUUGCUGUUGCUGUUGCUGUUGUCAUUGUUGGUGGUUGUUGUUUGUUUUUGGUUGUUGUUUGCUGUUGUUUGUUAUUGUUAUUGUUGUUGUUGCUGUUGCUGUUGUUGUUGUUGUUGUUGUUGCUGUUGCUGUUGUUGUUGUUACUGUUGUCGUUGUUGGUGGUGGUUGUGUUGGUGGUUGUUGUUUGCUGUUGUUAGUUAUUGUUGUUGGUUGUUUGUUAUUGUUAUUGUUGUUGGUUGUUGUUUGCUGUUGUUUGUUGUUGUUAUUGGUUGUUGUUUGCUGUUGUUUGUUAUUGUUGUUGGUUGUUUGUUAUUGUUGUUGUUGUUGUUGUGGUUGUUUUUCAUUGUUGUUUGUUAUUGUUGUUGUUAUUGUUGUUGGUUGUUGUUUGCUGUUGUUUGUUAUUGUUGUUGGUUGUUUGUUAUUGUUGUUGUUGUGGUUGUUUUUCAUUGUUUUUGUUAUUGUUGUUGUUGUGGUUGUUUUUCAUUGUGAUUGUUGCGGUCGUUUGUUGUUUGUCUUUGUGCUGUUGUUGUCGGUGGAGUCGUAGCCUGCGAACAGGCUCUCAAGCUGAAUUGAGAGCCUGCAUCGAUGACUAAUGAAUUUGAAUAUCUGCCCCGUAACGUUCGUUUUUCCAAAUAUGGAAUGUCUAUCCUUAUAUGGUGUUGUUUACAACUUUCGUGCAAACUAAAUAUAAGAUAUUCAAGCAAAAGUUCAAAUGUUUUAAAUACUGUUUUCUCAAAACAGAACAUUUCGUGCUUUGAGAAAGAUGACCAAGACCAAUUUGAUCAGUUAAUGUGUUUUUUAUGCAUAGUGCUUCAGCAGUUGACAUAUAUAGAGCUCAGCGGAAACAUAUAAAUUAUAGCAUCUGACCAAUGAGAAUUUCGCGUCACGAUUUGAGACGCAGACAUUCAAAUUCAUUAGUCAUCGAUGCAGGCUCUCAAUUCAGCUUGAGAGCCUGUUCGCAGGCUAGUGGAGUCGUUAUCAUUGUCGUCCUUGCAAUCCGAUUUAAAAUUGUUCAAUCCAGUCAUGGCAGUCAUGCGAUGUCAGCAUUAAUUAUGUUUUAGAAAUUGUCAGAAAAAAGUAAACAAAUGAUGAAUUCCACUGGGACAGUGAAGUUUACAUCGCACAGAGGUGAUCAAAUUCCAGGAUUUGACGAUGGUGAUGAUAAGACUAGACUUUUGUCUGAUGAACAGCAAAGGUGAAAUAGCUGCACUGUGUGAAGAAAAUACAACUAUACGUGACAAAUAUAAGCAGGACUCAUGUGCCAAGCGAGGCCCGUUGUCGGGAUUGUUAGAAGCCAUUUUUACACAUUAGGUGGACUUAAAAUAGUCAUACCCACGAGGCAAUAUACAGAAGAUAAUAAGAUAUGUUGACGACUUUUUUCUGCACGACAAUUAAUGGGAAUCCAUAGCGUGCUACCAUAAAUAGUGGUUCUUGUAUAUAAGGGGAUUUUUGUUCGGUCUGGGUAUGGUUGCUAACAAUUCAAAUUAAUUGAGCGUAUUUUAAUCUUUUUAGUCAACAACAGUUGGAAGAUUCUGUUUCUCUUGAUCAAAGUUUGUUGGAAGAAAGAGAAAGAAUGACGAGACAAUUAGAGGUGGAAUAAAUUUAAGAAUUUUGGGCGUCCGACAAAACUAUAAUACAAAAACCGCAUCUUCUAGAAGUGGAAUUUGUUCUUUCUAAUUUAUAAUCAAAUCCAAAAUCGUGUUUCGUUUUUCUUUUCGUAGUCGGAUAUUCUAGACGUGAAUGAAAUAUUUCGGGACCUUGCUUCAAUCGUACACGAUCAGGGAGAGGUUGUUGGUGAGAUUUUUCCUACAAUUAUUUUCGUACGGUUAUUUUCACAUAUCUCAGAUUAUAGUCUGUGGAACCAUCUCCAGUUUUUGUUUUUUGUUUUAGAUUCAAUCGAAGGUCAUGUGAUCAGAGCACAUGAUGACGUUGAAAAUGCAAACGAACAAUUACAGAAAGCCAGUGUAUAUAGGGUAAGAUAUAUGAUAGCCUUAGGGUGAUUAAGACAGUAUACAUAAAGCAAUAAAGUCAGUUUAGUUUAGGUUUCCUCCUGUAGUAACACUGGAUCAAUAAGAGAUGAUCCUUACUGGACCUCUAGGAAGAACAGUUUAGAACUGAUAGAGCUAUCCAGUAUAAAUAAAGUUAGUUUAGUUUAGGUUUCCUCCUGUAGUAACACUGGAUCAAUAUAAAUGAUGGUCUUCUAGGAAGAACACUGAUUAUAGUCGGAUAUUAUCAGUGAAUUUGCAGUUCAAAAGGUCAUUCCAUUUAAUUUUUUUUAUUUCAGAGAAAGGCAAGGAAGAAAAAAUGCUGCCUUUUAUUAAUAUUAUUAAUCAUCCUAGCGAUAAUAGCCAUAAUUAUUUACAUUAAGACGAAGAAUUAAAACACUUAUAAUCUUGUAUAUUUUCUAUAAAAUGUUAGUUGUAAAACAAUGCUUUCAUUCUUUUGAUUUAAAGUUGAAUACGAUUCUUCAAGCAUCUUUGACUGUCUUCAGUAACAUUCAGUGUCCGUGAUAUUCAGGUGAAAUAAACGUACAUAAAUUACCCAAACUUUCGCAU